CGUUCCUCUGUGCGGGUGGUGCGGCUGCAGGUAUUUGUGUGGGUCUCAGGUUCCUCUGUGCGGGUGGUGCGGCUGCAGGUAUUUGUGUGGGUUUUGCGUUCCUCUGUGCGGGUGGUGCGGCUGCAGGUAUUUGUGCGGGUCCCGCGUUCCUUCGUGCGGGUGGUGCGGCUGCAGGUAUUUGUGCGGGUCCCGCGUUCCUCCGUGCGGGUGGUGCGGCUGCAGGUAUUUGUGUGGGUCUCCCGUUCCUCUGUGCGGGUGGUGCGGCUGCAGGUAUUUGUGCGGGUCCCGCGUUCUUCCGUGCGGGUGGUGCGGCUGCAGGUAUUUGUGUGGGUCUCACGUUCCUCUGUGCGGGUGGUGCGGCUGCAGGUAUUUGUGCGGAUCCUGCGUUCCUCUGUGCGGGUGGUGCGGCUGCAGGUAUUUGUGCGGGUCUCGCAUUCCUCUGUGCGGGUGGUGCGGCUGCAGGUAUUUUGGUGCGGGUCCCAC